AUGCCAGAACAGCCAAGUGGAGCUGGUCAGCUCAGGGCUCGAGCCUGCUUGCUGCUGGCGGUGUGGCUGUGCUCGCAGCAAGCUCUGGCCACGCCGUGUCAGGGUGGGGAGCUGAGGAUAACUGGUAGAGGUGAAAAGAAAUGCUGCCCCAAAUGCAUCGUAAGCACAGGAAACAAAUGUCAAGAUGCUAAGGACAAGGUCUGCCAAUGUCGUCAGGGCUACAGCUGUUCUGAUACUGCAUGUGGCUACUGUGAGAAGCUGCCUGAAUGUGCAGAGGGCCAGGAGCUGGUGAAGCAAGGCUCUAUAGACUUCACAUUUGAAUGCAAACCAUGUGAGACAGGAACAUAUUCCAAUGUCAAGAAUGGCUGGUGCCGUAACUGGACUGACUGUGAAAGUUUUGGCUUUGUGACAGUCAAGCAGGGCAACAGGACACAUAAUGCAGAGUGUGGUUUCCAUUCCAAAGAUCUGGAAGAAGUUCCUAUGAGAAGUGACUCUCUGUACACCACCAUCCUGGCCAUCCUUACUGCAGUGGCUGUGUUUAUUCUCAUCUUACUGACUUUCUUCUUGCAUUUCUGCAUGUGGUCACUGAAGAAAGAGAAAUUCCACAGAGCUGACAAGGAUCUGGAACAUAACUUCCUUAGGCUGCCAGGAGCUCCACAACUCACCCCUAUCAGAGAAGAGAUUGACAGCUGCCAGUUUCCUGAGGAAGAACAUGGAGAUGAAACACCAGAAGAGAAGCAUGUCUAUCUCUACCCUCAGAGUCUCCAAUGA